CACACACACACUGCCUCCACCUCCCUCACACACUCCCGCCGAGCUGCCAGUGAGCCACCGCCGCUCCGCUCCUCUCCAUCUCUCCGCGUCCCCUGCGCACUGCGGUGCGUCCAGCUGUGCGCACAUCUCAUCGCCCCCCGCCCCGGCUCCGGAGCUCCAACCCAGGGCUGAAGCUGAACUCUUUUUAAAUCCCCGAACAGACUGGAAAGCAGGAGGACAUACAAAUAUGACUUCUAAAGCGAUGGAGCGCCUGAAUCUGUCGGAGGAGCAGAUCAAACUGCUGGAGGACAGUUUCAAAAAAGUCAGCAAGCAUCCGGCUGGCACAACGCUCAUGCUGAUCGCUGCGGAGUGCGGGCUGUCGGAGGAGGAAACACAAAAAUGGUUCAAGCUGCGGAACGCACAGUGGAGGCAGGCGGAGGGUCUUCCAGCUGAACUGGGAUCGGUGUUGGACUGAAGAUGGGGGGCUGGGGCUCUGUGCUGACCUUGUUUCUCCUGGACAAAGUGACCCUACCACCUCUUCCCCAUACACUUCCCUCCCCAUGUGUACAUCUCUCUUUUUGUAUCUAUGAAGCUACUUUAACUUACUGUACGGAAUGUGAAGGUGUUUGUAUGUUGUUGCCAAUAUAACCGCCAUGUUUACAGAAAUAAACAUAUUGUAUAAGUUAAAA